AUGGAAGUUUCUCCAAACCACCCAGCAGCAUCUAAUAAAACCAGUGCAAAGAGCAACAACUCUGCAUUUUUCUACUUUGAGUCCUGUCAACCCCCUCCUCUAGCCUUACUCCUAUUACUCAUAGCCUAUACUGUGGUUUUAAUCAUGGGCCUUUUUGGAAACCUCUCUCUCAUCAUCAUCAUCUUUAAGAAGCAGAGGGAAGCUCUGAAUGUCACCAACAUACUGAUUGCCAACUCUCUCUCUGACAUCUUGGAGUGUGUCAUGUGCAUCCCUUUUACUGUCAUCUGCACUCUGAUGGACAACUGGAUAUUUGGGGAUACCAUUUGCAAACUCACCUCCUAUGUGCAGAGUGACUCCAUCUCCAUGUCCAUAUUCUCACUUGUUUUAAUUGCUGUUGAAAGAUCUCAGCUGAUUGUAAACCCCUGUGGCUGGAAGCCCAGUGUAUCUCUUGCCUACUGGAGCAUCACACUGAUUUGGCUAUUUUCUCUUCUGUUGUCUAUUCCCUUCUUCCUGUCCUACCACCUCACUGAUGAGCCCUUCCGCAACCUCUCUCUCCCCACUGAUUUCGAUGCUCACCAGGUGGCUUGUGUAGAGAACUGGCCCUCCAAAAUGAACCAGCUCUUCUUUACCACCUCCCUGUUUAUGGUCCAGUAUUUUGUCCCUCUGGGCUUCAUCCUCAUCUGCCACCUGAAGAUUGUUAUCUGCCUCCGUAGGAAAAAUGGAAACGUAGACAGGCAGAGCAAAAAUGAGAGCCGGCUCAGUGAGAACAAGAGGAUUAACACAAUGUUGAUUUCCAUUGUGGUGACCUUUGGAGCCUGCUGGCUGCCCUUGAACAUCUUCGAUGUUAUCUUUGACUGGUAUCAUGAGGUGCUGAUGAGCUGCCACCAUGACCUGAUAUUUGUAGUUUGCCACUUGGAUGCUAUGGUUUCUACAUGUAUAAACCCUCUCUUUUAUGGCUUUCUCAACAAAAAGUUCCAGAAGGACCUGGUGAUGCUUAUUCACUACUGCUGGUGUUUUCCAACUCAGAAAAGAUAUGAAAAUACCGCCAUCUCCACUAUGCACACAGAUGAAUCCAAGGACUCUUUAAGAUUGGCUCAUAUCCCAACAGAUACAUAA